AUGCUCUACACCAUGACAUGUUGGCUCCCGGUCCUGAUCCUCCACCUGGUCCUCCUGAGCCCCCAACAGGUGGCAGCUUGCCCUGCUCGCUGUGAGUGCGCCCCGCAGAUCAAGUCAGUGGUGUGUCACCGCAAGCGGCUCACCGCCAUCCCUGAAGGCAUCCCCACUGAGACCAAGAUCCUGGAGCUCAACAAGAACCGCAUCCGCUGUCUGAACCCAGGGGACCUCUCCCCAUACCCCUUGCUGGAGGAGCUGGACUUCAGCGAGAACAUCAUCACCAAUGUGGAGCCGGGCGCCUUCAGCAACCUGUUCAACCUGCAGACCUUGCGUCUGCGGGGGAACCAGCUCAAGCUCAUCCCCCCGGGGGUCUUCACCAAGCUGACCAAUCUCACCCUGCUGGACAUCAGCGAGAACAAGCUUGUCAUCCUGCUGGACUACAUGUUCCAGGACCUGCGAAACCUGAAGAGCCUGGAGGUGGGUGAUAACGACUUGGUGUACAUCUCCCAGCGAGCCUUCUCAGGGUUGCUCGGCCUGGAGCAGCUGACCAUCGAGAAGUGCAACCUGACCUCCAUCUCAGCCGAGUCGCUCUCCUACCUCCAGAACCUGGAGGUGCUGCGGCUCCGGCACCUCAGCAUCUCCGCGCUGGAGGACCAAAACUUCAAGAAGCUCUACAACCUCCUGCAGCUGGAGAUUGACAACUGGCCUCUGCUGGAAGACAUCUCCCCCACCAGCUUCCAGGGCCUGAACCUCACCUCACUCUCCAUCACCUACACCAACAUCACAGCCGUGCCCACCGCUGCCUUGAGGAACCUGGUGCACCUCCGGUACCUGAACCUGUCCUACAACCCCAUUAGCACUGUGCUGAAGGGCUCCUUUAAAGACCUCAUCCGGCUCCAGGAGCUCCACAUUGUGGGCGCUCUCUUGGUGUCUGUGGAGCCGCAGGCCUUCUCCGGCCUGCGACAAAUCCGGCUGCUCAACCUUUCCAGCAACUUUCUCUCCACACUGGAGGAGAGCACCUUCCACUCCGUCAACACGCUGGAGACACUGCGGGUGGACAGGAACCCCCUGGCCUGCGACUGCCGCCUCCUCUGGAUCCUGCAGCGACGGAAGACGCUCAACUUCGACGGGCAGCAGCCCAUGUGCUCCACACCACCCGAAAUCCAGGGCAACGCCCUGCGUGACUUCCCCGACUCCGUGCUCUUCGAGUACUUCACCUGCCAGAAGCCCAAGAUCAGGGAUCGAAAGCUGCAGCACAUCACGGCCCGCGAAGGCCAGUCUGUGUCCUUCCUGUGCCGGGCGGAUGGGGAGCCGGACCCCUCCAUCGUCUGGGUGUCCCCCCAGCACCGCAUGAUCACCACGCGCAGCACAGGGCGGGCAACCGUGCUGCCGGGGGGCACCCUGGAGAUCCGCUUUGCCCAGGUGCAGGACAGCGGCACCUACAUCUGCAUCGCCAGCAACGCAGGGGGCAACGACACCUACUUCGCCACCCUGACGGUCAAGGGGCACCCGGCCGACGGCUCCCCCUACGCCAACCGGACUUUGUACCUCAGCGAGUUCAACGACACCUACCACAAUGACACCCAGGUCUUCCUGAAGUUUACGCUGGAUCUCAAGACCAUCCUGGUCUCCACAGCCAUGGGCUGCAUCACCUUCCUUGGCGUGGUCCUCUUCUGCUUCCUGCUCCUCUUCGUGUGGAGCCGGGGCCGGGGGCAGCACAAGAACAACUUCUCGGUGGAGUACUCCUUCCGGAAGGUGGAUGGUCCCACAACCACCACGGGCCAAGGAGGAGCCAGGAAGUUCAACAUGAAGAUGAUCUGA